AAACAGCCAGAGGUCUGAUGAGUUUGUGAUGUUUCAUCCUGCAGGACAUGUACCUGAAUGCUGGCGGUGUCACAGUGUCUUAUUUCGAGUGGCUGAAGAAUCUCAACCAUGUCAGCUAUGGAAGACUGACCUUCAAAUAUGAGAGGGACUCAAACUACCACCUGCUCAUGUCUGUGCAGGAAAGUUUAGAGAGGAAGUUUGGGAAGCAGGGAGGGCCCAUUCCCAUCGUACCCACCGCUGACUUCCAGGCCAGAGUUGCUGGUGCCUCUGAGAAGGACAUUGUUCACUCUGGGUUGGCCUACACCAUGGAGAGAUCUGCCCGGCAAAUCAUGCGCACAGCAAGCAAGUACAACCUGGGUCUGGACCUCCGGACAGCUGCUUAUGUCAACGCCAUCGAGAAGGUCUUCAAAGUCUACAACGAAGCGGGGCUGACCUUCACAUAAAUGGCCAAUCACGACCUGCACUUCCUCCUCCCCUCCACCCUUCUGCUAUUGAUCACCCUCUCCUGCGUUCUUCCACCUUCUCAGCAGCCUUCAGAACAUAUCACUGUUUACCGCUGCUCUGUGGCUCUUGACACACACACACACACACACACACACACACACACACACACACACACACACAGUGAGACAUUGGCUUGCCUGGUAUUUAUCCUGUAAUCUUUGUGCUGCCAUUAUACUGUAUCUGCAUCUCUGUAUAAAUGUUGCCCCUUGAGAAAAAGCAGGUAGGCAGUAACAUCCAGAGAGAAGGAGAGACCCUGUCCCUCCCUCAGCCCUCUGAUGAACCUUCAUACUAUUGUUGUCUGGCAGCCAUGUUCGGGGCGCCCAUUUUGUGAUAGCUGAAUGCACGUAUGACCCUCCUGCUGCCACAGUUUCAGCUGACAGCACAACUGAUGCCUUAUUUCAGAAAGAGGUCUGCUCUAAAAGGGAGAUGGCCACUUAAAUUUACUUUAAUGAAAAGGGAUUGAGAUUUAACUUCAUGUGAAUAAAGAGAGAAUAGUCAUUUUAUUACUCUUGAGUUUGUCCUCGCUCAUUAUGAAAAGGUUAGUAAGUUGCCAACGCUUAGAGUUCCCGACAAGAAUUUCUGUUUUCAUAGUUGGUGUUUUUACUGUUGAAAAUAGAUGUUCUCCCCUCUCUCAUCCCCUCCUUUUUUCCUGCUUUCCCGUCGCUUUAUCUCAUAUAUUAAAAGCCGCUUCUCCCCGACUCCUCCGCUGGCCAAGGAAGGGGAGCAGGGAGGGUGUGAGGUGUCACUGUGACCGCCCGUCCCCUGGUUGAGUUUUCCUCAGUUUUAAUCGUCCAGUUCCUCAACAUUGAAAUUAUUUUGGAGGAAAUGUCUUUUUGUUUUUACUUUAUUCAUUUUUUGAAAACCAAUAAAAUGUUCAGAAAAAACAAAA